AUGGGUGCAUCAGGCUUAGGUUCUGCUUUAGCAAAUAGCAUUAAUCUCUCGAAUUUGACACUUUACCUCAGUUACAAUUAAAUUGGUGAUAAUGGUGGAUCAGGCUUAGGUUCUGCUUUAGCAAAUUGCAUUAAUCUCUCGAAUUUGACACUUGAACUUCGUGGAAAUUAAAUUGGUGCAAUGGGUGCAUCAGGCUUAGGUUCUGCUUUAGCAAAUUGCAUUAAUCUCUCGAAUUUGACACUUGACCUUGGUGGAAAUUAAAUUGGUGAUGAAGGUGCAUCAGGCUUAGGUUCUGCUUUAGCAAAUUGCAUUAAUCUCUCGAAUUUGACACUUAACCUUGGUGGAAAUUAAAUUGGUGAUGAAGGUGCAUCAGGCUUAGGUUCUGCUUUAGCAAAUUGCAUUAAUCUCUCAAAUUUGACACUUGACCUUCGUGGAAAUUAAAUUGGUGCAAUGGGUGCAUCAGGCUUAGGUUCUGCUUUAGCAAAUUGCAUUAAUCUCUCGAAUUUGACACUUAACCUUGGUGAAAAUUAAAUUGGUGAUGAAGGUGCAUCAGGCUUAGGUUCUGCUUUAGCAAAUUGCAUUAAUCUCUCGAAUUUGACACUUUACCUUAGUUACAAUUAAAUUGGUGAUAAAGGUGGAUCAGGCUUAGGUUCUGCUUUAGCAAAUUGCAUUAAUCUCUCGAAUUUGAGACUUGGCCUUAGUGGAAAUUAAAUUGGUGCAAUGGGUGCAUCAGGCUUAGGUUCUGCUUUAGCAAAUUGCAUUAAUCUCUUGAAUAUGACACUUGACCUUCGUUACAAUUAAAUUAGUGAUAAAGGUGCAUCAGGCUUAGGUUUUAGUUUAGCAAAGUGCAUUAAUUUCUCGAAUUUGAUACUUGACCUUAGUGGAAAUUAAAUUGGUAAUGAAGGUGCAUCAAGCUUAGGUUCUAGUUUAGCAAAGUGCAUUAAUUUCUCGAAUUUGACACUUAACCUUAGUGGAAAUUAAAUUGGUAAUGAAGGUGCAUCAGGCUUAGGUUCUAGUUUAGCAAAUUGCAUUAAUCUCUCAAAUUUGACACUUGACCUUAGUGAAAAUUAAAUUGGUGAUGAAGGUGCAUCAGGCUUAUGUUCUAGUUUAGCAAAGUGCAUUAAUUUCUAUUUGACACUUAACCUUAGUGAAAAUUAAAUUGGUAAUGAAGGUGCAUCAGGCUUAGGUUCUGCUUUAGCAAAUUGCAUUAAUCUCUCGAAUUUGACACUUGACCUUAGUUACAAUUAAAUUGGUGAUGAAGGUACAUCAGGCUUAGGUUCUGCUUUAGCAAAUUGCAUUAAUCUCUCGAAUUUGACACUUUACCUUAGGUAAAAACAGUUUAUUUGUUUUGGAUUGUGA